CGGAGAGGAGAGAAGCGACCAGGGGAAGACCGGCGCCCGCGUGUGUGUGCCAGAUUGUGGGGGGCGACCGUCUCGAAUUAGGGCGCAGGAGGAGCGGUCAGGGGCACCGGGGCGGGGCGCCCCCCUCCGCGCCCCUCGCCAUGGACUUGCGCGCAGUUGGGACGCGCCUCGGCGGCGGCGCGCGAGAGGCGGCCGGGCCCCGGAGGCGCGCGGGGAUGGCGAGGUAGGAUGGCCGCCCAGCGCGAGCCUCGUCGCCCCAGCCCCGCGGCUCCCGGGCGGCGGCGCCGCUGACUCGCCCCGGAGCGAGCGCGCAGGGUGUGGGCGGAGGCGGCCCCGCUGCGCCCGCGCCUUGGGGAGUCGCUGCUUUGCCUCUCGCACCCGCUCGCACCUGCCACCCGCGCGGACACCAUGUCGAAGGCGGCCGGAGGCGGGGCGGCGGCGGCGGCGGAAAGUUGUCCCCCGGCCCCGGCCGGCCCGCCUGCCGCCGUGGAGGACCUGUCCAAAGUGUCGGACGAGGAGCUGCUGCAGUGGAGCAAGGAGGAGCUGGUCCGCAGCCUGCGGCGCGCCGAGGCCGAGAAGGUGAGCGCGAUGCUGGACCACAGCAACCUCAUCCGCGAGGUGAACCGCCGCCUGCAGCUGCACCUGGGCGAGAUCCGCGGGCUCAAGGACAUCAACCAGAAACUGCAGGAGGACAACCAGGAGCUACGGGACCUCUGCUGCUUCCUGGACGACGACCGGCAGAAAGGCAAGAGGGUGUCCCGGGAGUGGCAGAGACUGGGCCGCUUCACUGCGGGGGUGAUGCACAAGGAGGUGGCCUUGUACCUGCAGAAGCUGAAGGAGCUGGAGGCGAAGCAGGAGGAGGUGGUGAAGGAGAAUCUGGAGCUCAAGGAGCUGUGCGUGCUGCUGGACGAGGAGAAGGGCGCGGGCUGCGCGGGCAGCCGCUGCUCCAUCGACAGCCAGGCCAGCUUGUGCCAGCUCACCGCCUCCUCCACCGCCCCCUACGUGCGGGACGUGGGCGACGGCAGCAGCACCUCCAGCGCGGGCAGCACCGACAGCCCCGACCACCACAAGCAGCAGCACGCGGGCGGCGGCGGCAGCCCCGAGCACCUGCAGAAGCUGCGGGCGGAGGGCAGCCCCGAGCACGCCGCCAAGCACAGGAGCACCAGCCCGGAGCACCUGCAGAAACCCAGGGCCUCCGGGGCCCCGGAUCACCCCAAAGCACUCAAAGGACCCAGCCCCGAGCACCACAAACCCCUGGGCAAGGGCAGCCCCGAACAGCAGAGGCACCCGCCGCACCCGGGCAGCAGCCCGGAGACGCUGCCCAAGCACGUGCUGAGCGGGAGCCCCGAGCACUUCCAGAAGCACCGGGCCGGGGGCAGCCCCGAGCACGCCCGGCACAGCGGCGGGAGCCCGGAGCACCUGCAGAAACACGCCCUGGGCGGGAGCCUGGAGCACCUGCCCAGGGCCAGGGGCACCAGCCCCGAGCACCUCAAGCAGCAUUACGCGGGGAGCCCAGACCACAAACACGUGGGUGGAGGCGGCGGCGGUGGCGGAGGCAGCAGGGAGGGCACCCUCCGGAGACAGGCGCAGGAGGAAGGGUCGCCCCAUCACCGGAACGUCUACAGUGGCAUGAACGAAUCAACCUUGUCCUAUGUUAGGCAGCUGGAGGCAAGAGUAAGACAGCUGGAGGAAGAGAAUCGCAUGCUGCCCCAGGCCACCCAGAAUAGAAGGCAACCUCCAGCUAGAGACAGCUCAAAUGUGGAGAAAGGCUGGGGGCCCCGAGCCCGGCGGGUCUUGCAGUGGUGGCAAGGAAUAGGACGCUGCCUGCCCACUCUGCCGGGUUCUUUUAGGUUGUCAUCAGGGGCUGAUGGGAAUAACAGUUCACCCAACUCUCCAGCUAGCUUCAGUGGACAUACCACACCUUCUCAGCAGCCUGAACCCGUGGUACAUUCUCUUAAGGUCUUGGAUGUUCAGGAAACUAUAGAUCGUCAACAGGGUAAAGAGUAUGAACAGGACCUUAGUGAGACAGAAAAAGCUAUAGUCAGAGAAAUGUGCAAUGUUGUGUGGAGGAAACUUGGAGAUGCUGCAGGUUCGUGUCCUGGGAUUAGGCAGCACUUGUCUGGAAACCAGUAUAAAGGACCAAUGUGAGAAACACUCUUUUCAAACAUGAGAUCACCACUGCCAGAAAUAGGUAACAGAAAAGGAGAAGAAAAAGUGGAUUUCCGCAAACCUGAACUCAUGGAGUGAUUGCACAUAUUUUCCCUCUAAAAACCUUUAGUAUAACUAAAGCUGUAUUUUAUGUCUUUCGCUUUGAUGUCUACAAUAGUCAGUUUCAAACAAAGGUAGCUUUGAAAAUCACCAUUUUGGUACCAAUAUUUUCAUUAGAACUAAAAUGUUUUUGACUCCUUAGAUUAUAAUUGGGAAAAACGCAUGAUUGGAAGGGUACAAUAGAGCCUUGGUGUUUGAUAGAGUUGACUGAUUGCAUUUAACGUGGGAGUUUCCUACCAUGUUGUAUUGAAAAGUAGAAGAGGUAGGUGUCUUCCAGCUUCCCAAGUUUGAGACUUGAGUACCUAAUUGUUAUAUUUUAGUCAACAAAAUACUAGUUCCUGCUGCAUAAUUUAGAUGCAAGAUAAGAUAAGAAGGUUCCUGGGGUUUUGUUUUCAGGUGCUAAAAUAUCACAUAAAUUCUUCUUAACAGCUGGUAGGUAGCAAGACUUUAUAUAGAGUGCUUAUCAGAGAGGACCACUUAUUUCAAGUGAUCAAAAUAAAUAUAUCUCUUCUUUUAAUCCUGAUGUAUUUUUCAUGAAGACAUGCCUUGGGGACAUGUCUAUAUUCAGUGUAUACCCAUUGAUGUUAAUAUUACCAAUUUCAAUUGAAGAACAAGCAAACCUAAUUUUUCUAAGUGUUUUCAGCUGUGAGAUGUCAAUUUCUACAAUUUAGUUUCUAGACAUGCUGUUAUAUUUAAUAAACUUCAUGUAAAUUUUAAAAUA